AUCCAUCCACGCGCUUCAAAAACUGUCCGCGAGCCGUUGAGAACAACCAACCACCACUCGGAUAAGAGAGAGAUAGAGAGAGAGCAUCGAAGAAUGGCGAACCUGCUGCAACUGUGCGAGUGCUCGAGCUCAAAUCCAAUGAUUUUGCUGAAGCCAUCCUCCUUGAACUCUCUCCUGGCCAGCACUUCACGGCCUCGCCAGCAAUAUAGUUAUCACCCAGCUCAACCUCGCAUUUCACCCCCAAACCCAAACCCAAAGCUUCCCUACAACAAUCUUCUUCUUCUUCUUCGUUGAAUCGGAGGGAAUUCAUAUCCCAGACCACGGCUAUUUCCCUGUCUGUAGUAGCAGCUCCACCACCGGCAAUGUCCGAAGACGCACUUUCCGAAUGGGAAAGAGUGUACCUGCCCAUUGACCCUGGCGUCGUCCUGCUCGACAUCGCUUUCGUCCCUGACGACUUAAAUCACGGUUUUCUUUUGGGGACUAGGCAAACCAUUAUGGAGACAAAAGAUGGUGGAAACACCUGGGCUCCACGUUCAAUACCCUCAGCCGAGGACGAAGACUUCAACUACAGAUUUAAUUCUAUUAGCUUCAAAGGAAAGGAGGGAUGGAUUGUUGGAAAACCUGCAAUUCUGUUGUACACUUCAGAUGCGGGAGAAAGCUGGGAAAGAAUACCACUAAGCUCUCAGCUUCCUGGAGAUAUGGUAUAUAUAAAGGCAACUGGAGACAAGAGUGCGGAGAUGGUCACAGACGAAGGAGCAAUAUAUGUUACAUCCAAUAGGGGCUACAACUGGAGGGCUGCUGUUCAGGAAACUGUUUCAGCUACUCUUAAUCGAACAGUCUCUAGUGGUAUCAGUGGUGCAAGUUAUUAUACGGGAACAUUCAAUGCAGUUAAUCGCUCUCCAGAUGGAAGAUAUGUUGCUGUCUCUAGCCGUGGUAACUUCUACCUUACGUGGGAGCCUGGACAACCAUUCUGGCAACCACAUAACAGGGCAGUUGCGAGAAGAAUCCAAAAUAUGGGAUGGAGAGCUGAUGGUGGUCUUUGGCUUCUUGUUCGUGGAGGUGGACUUUAUCUUAGCAAAGGGUCAGGGAUAACUGAAGAGUUUGAAGAAGUUCCAGUUCAAAGCCGGGGCUUUGGCAUUCUCGAUGUUGGGUUCCGAUCAGAGGAAGAGGCUUGGGCAGCAGGGGGUAGUGGGAUCCUACUGAGAACUACUAAUGGUGGCAAGACAUGGAUCCGUGACAAAGCAGCUGAUAAUAUAGCUGCAAAUCUGUACUCAGUGAAGUUUAUCAAUGAUAAGAAGGGAUUUGUGCUAGGAAAUGAUGGGGUCUUGCUUCGCUAUCUUGGAUGACGUUGUAAUUAUAAAUGGUUUGUCAACAAUGCCCACAAUUUUGUACUGCUAAAUUACAUCUUCAAGCUCUGAUACUCAAUGAUGUGAAAGGGCCCUAAUUUUCUUCUUGUCUUAUGACUAUUACAUUUGAAAUUAGGAAUUCGUUGCCA